GGAAGUGGAGGAGCAAUCAUGUGCAAUUGAUGCGCAGUGAUUCCACCUUGAAAACCGUUGGAUGGUCCAAUUGUCAACGUGGCGACAACCCAGAGCCGUCUGUUUUGUCUGUCUCUGGUAACCGAACUUUUAAAUUCGAGAAAAACAGAGCAGACUUUUAUAGAGAGAAAGAGAGAGAGAAACACCGGAGUUUUUAGAGAGAGAAAGGGAUGACUGUGAUCGACUUGAUCACCAGGGUUGAUGCGAUCUGCAAGAAAUAUGAAAAGUACGACGUCGAUAAGCAGAGAGAAUCUAACGUCGCCGGCGAUGAUGCUUUCGCUCGCCUUUACGGCGUCUUCGAGACCGAAGUCGACGCUGCCCUCCAGAAAUCGGAAGCUGCGGUUACGGAGAAGAACAGGGCGACGGCGGUGGCUAUGAAUGCAGAGAUACGAAGAACAAAAGCUCGAUUGCUUGAGGAAAUCCCAAAAUUACAAAGGCUUGCUUUAAAAAAGGUGAAGGGGCUUUCAAAGGAAGAGUUUGAGGCUCGAAGUGAUUUGGUUUCUGCACUUAAAGAGAGAAUUGAAGCCAUUCCAGAUGGAUCAACAACUGCAGUUAAUCAAACUCAAACCGGCAGUUGGGUAGCUUCAACCUCAGUCACCGGAAUUAAAUUCGACUCUACUUCAGAUGGAAGAUUUGACGGUGAAUACUUUCAACAAACUGAGGAAUCAGACAGGUUCAGGCAGGAGUAUGAAAUGCGCCGCAUGAAACAGGAUGAAGGUCUGGAUGUGAUAACAGAAGGUUUGGACACAUUGAAGAAUAUGGCUCAUGAUAUGAAUGAGGAAUUGGACCGACAAGUACCACUAAUGGAUGAAAUAGAUGAAAAGGUGAUUUCCCUCUUUUUCUUUGCUUCUUUAAUCUUAUGGAAGGAUGGCACUAAUACAAAGCAUUAUGUUCAUUCUAUAUGAAAUAGUGUUCAGAUAUCAUGUUACUAGUUGAUUUUGUUCGUUUUUAUUUCCAGGUUGACAAAGCUACCUCGGACAUCAAAAACACUAAUGUUAGACUUAAGGAUACUCUAAACCAGCUGAGAUCAAGUCGCAACUUUUGCAUUGAUAUCAUUCUCUUGUGCAUAAUUUUAGGAAUAGCUGCCUACUUAUACAAUGUUUUGAAGUAAAGUUGAUGGGACCAGUUCCAUGAUCAUCUCUCACGACAUAUGGGUUUUCCACAGCUUCAUUGACUUCCUCAAUGUAUCAGCUCAGUAUUCUUAGGUUUUACCAAAAAUUACUUAGUAUUUUCAGGUAUAGUUUAUAUGUGAGUGUGAAAUACAGAUACUAUAAGUUAUUAACUGAAAGCAUUGAGCAUUUCAGAUUUUCCUUAAUAUAAGCACUUUUUUUUU